CUCAGAUCUUAUCUACUAUCGAUAAGAUGAAAUCACCAACAUUAGUUCACAGCUUAAGAUUCAAGAACGUCAAGAUUCUUUCCAUUUAUGGUAACUUAUAUGUGAUUACGUAUCUAGUUACGCACAUUAUUUUACCAUGGCUUCAGAGACAACCAAUGCGACAACAAGGCUGAGGCCGUCCAACACAUCUGGCUGGUUGACUAUACCAGCCCCGCUAGCUCGACUGUUCAAGAAGUUCCCGCUCUUAACUUAUCCUCCCAACGAACUACCUAUCCGUGCGCCGAGUAGCAGAGAUGUCGCGACCCUAUACGUUUUCAUAUCAGAACCAGAUGCGCUGAAAGGACUACCCAGCUACAACCCUUCAUGCCUUAAAUGGCAAACCUUUCUCAAGCUAGCUGGGGUUGACUUUCAACUCGUCUCUUCCAACAACCAUGCCUCCCCCACUGGCGCACUACCAUUCCUCAUCCCUCCAUUCAGUCCUCAGAACCCCACCACACAUUCCCCCCGACCUAUCCCCUCAAGCAAGCUUGAACAGUACCCCGACGAAAAGAGCAUAUCGAAAGUCCCCGGCACCCUCAGCCUUAAGCUAGAAGCCUACGAAUCGCUCCUCGACCACCGCAUACGAAACGCCUGGCUCUACUCGCUGUACCUGUCUCGGCCAAACUCCGCGCUCCUGUCCCGCCUCUACGUUGCGCCGGUUUCUCAGUCGAAGAUCGUGAGGACGACGGUGCUAUACCAACUGCGCCACGCGGCCGAGGCCGAGAUCCUGAGGUCGAUGGGCUCGCCGAGGGUGGAUCCGAGAGCGCUGUACGAUGGUGCGAAGGAGGCGUUCGAGGCCCUAUCUACCGUACUCGGCGCAGAGGACUGGUUCUUCGGGACGUCGGAGCCGAGUCUGUUCGACGCUGCGGUGUUCGCUUACACACAUCUCCUACUCGACGACGGGCUGGCGUGGGGUGAGCGGAGACUCUCGGAUAUCGUGGGAGACUUCCAAAAUCUGGUCGAGCAUCGCGAUAGGAUAUUCCGGAGAUGUUGGGGUUCGGAAGGCAGCUGAGCAAUGACAGGCAGGUUAAGCUCCUGUUAGAAUGUACAUGCUGCUAGCAAUACCGUCAUUCAACUUUGAAAUUGCCGUUUCGUGUAUAUACUAAGGGAUCCUUAGAGAUGGAAAUAUCCCAGUUAAAAAAAGGCUUCAGGUUCAUAUGAUGCUCGCUGGUUAUGCUGGUUACCUAGAUGCAGACGCCGAACGGGACAUGCGUCAAAGGAAGUCGGCAUAGGAAAGGUUAACCUUAGGUAGCUACUCAGUGUAUAACACAUCAAACAGUAUCUCAUAUACCACGGUUCCUCUCUUGUGAAAGGUACACCGGGAGGAUGCAGGCUGACAUUGCGCCUUAAAAUAUGACAUGCCAUGGAUGUGAGCUGCAAUAAUUCGUGGAUGGUUUGGUUGGCCCGUUGCUGUGAAGUGGGCAGGUUUGCUGAGGAGUGUAGGCUUCCGGGUUUAGGAGGGACUUUGAGUUAAGGGGCUAUAAGGGGCUCUUUCAGGAACAUUCUUACUAAUCCGGUAAUGGGAUGUAAGGAAAUGUCUCUUCAUGAAUAAUGCUUCGUGACGGGGU